AUGGCAUAUCGCGUUCAUGGCUCGACGAACGAAGAACUAGUCGACGGUCUGGUUGACUAUGGUCUCAUCAAAUCAGAACGAGUCAGGUCCGCCAUGAAGAACGUCGAUCGAGCACACUACUCUCCAAGAAGCCCUUACCAGGAUUACCCACAGUCGAUUGGUCACUCUGUAACCAUUUCCGCUCCUCACAUGCAUGCCAAUGCAUGCGAAGCUGUUCUCGAUCUGCUGCAGCCAGGAGCUAGAGUGAUGGAUGUCGGUUCUGGUUCUGGAUAUCUGACUCACGUUUUGGCCGAGUUGGUGAAGCCAGGAGGUACUGUCGUUGGUAUUGAGCACAUUCAACCUCUAGUAAAUUUUGCACGAAACAACACCGGAAAGAGCGCUCAAGGUCGCGAGCUUCUUGACAACGGAAGCAUCGCGUACAUCAAAGCCGACGGUCGGAAAGGUUGGACUGGCAAAGGUGGCGAGGAAGGUUACGAUGUCAUUCAUGUUGGCGCUGCCGCCGUGGGCUUUCACCAAGAAUUGAUUGACCAGCUCAAAAGACCUGGAAGGCUCUUCAUUCCUGUAGGUGAGCCCGACGACCAGUUCAUCUAUGUCAUCGACAAACGAGAAGAUGGGACCGUCGAAAAGAGGAAGGAAUAUCCUGUACGAUACGUGCCUCUGACAGACGCGCCUGAAGAAUGA